CGCGACAGGCCGUAAACCGAGUCUGCGUAAACAAGAUGGCGUCCGGCAGCGGGUUCAGCAAGAAUGACUUCCGUAGGAAGUGGGACAAAGACGAGUAUGAGAACUUGGCCCAGAAGCGCAUCUCUGAGGAGAGAGACCGCGAGAGGAGAGAUGGCAAAGUGGUCCCGCCGGUCAAGCGGGACCUCCUGCGUCACCGAGACUAUAAAGUGGACCUGGAGUCCAAACUGGGGAAGACCAUCGUCAUCACGAAGACCACCCCUCAGGCCGAGAUGGGCGGUUAUUACUGUAACGUCUGUGACUGCGUCGUCAAAGACUCCAUCAACUUCCUGGACCACAUCAACGGGAAGAAACACCAGAGGAACCUGGGCAUGUCCAUGCGGGUGGAGCGCUCGUCUCUGGACCAGGUGAAGAAACGCUUUGAUGCCAACAAGAAGAAGAUGGAGGAGAAGCAGAAGGAGUACGACUUUGAGGAGCGCAUGAAGGAGCUGCGAGAGGAGGAGGAGAAGGCCAAGGCCUACAAGAAGGAGAAGCAGAAGGAGAGGAAGCGGCGAGCGGAGGAGGACGUGGACCUGGAGGAGGACGACGAGAUGGCGGCCGUGAUGGGCUUCUCCGGCUUCGGCUCGGCCAAGAAGACCCACUGACGCUCUGCCUGACGCUCUGCCUGACGCUCUGCGCCUCCUGCAGGAGGAGCAGCUGGACUUUAGACCAGAGCCGGACGAGAGACGGAGGUCCCGUCCUGGAGCAUUCCUUCCGUCUGCGCUCGGGCUUUUAUUUUGGUAGUUUCAAGGUCACGUGUCGUUUGACAGUCUCACUUCAUGAUGAAUAGUUUAUAAUGUGAACUCCUUCCUCCUGGACAUGAAGGUGUUUCACGUCGCCGAGGGCAACGAGUCAUUCUGAAUGUUUUUGAAGUUUGUCUCAUUUUCACUUUGCUGAAUAAACAGUUUGUGUUUCUAGUU